AUGCACUUUGCUCUCGCUAUCACCCACAAUCUUCAGUGCACAGUACCCAGCAGCAUGCAAGCCAACAACCACAAACAAAAGGGCCCGCUGGGCUUGGAGGAGGACAGCCUUGGAGUAGUGGGCGUCAACAGCAGCAGCCGGACGGAGCUGGAUUGCUUCCAUCAAAACUGCUUCAACCGAACUGACGCCGAGGUGGACAUCGAGAAUCAAAAUGGCGAGUCCAUCAAUAAGGAACCCCAAGGAGAAGACAGCGUCGACAGCAGCGGUAGCAAUGGAGGAGAUUCCAUGUCUGCCAGAAGUACCCCCAGUCCAGAGGAUGCUGAUUUGGCUUUGGGCACCCCGGUGCUGCCAUUGAAAGAUGUCUACGACGAGAAAAUCGAGGAUGACUCUAACAUGCUCGAAAUAGAGGAAGAGUUUGCCAGUGACAGCUUCAAUGAAGAGGAAGAUCAAAGCAGUGUCAGCAUCAAUACAGGAAGGGAGGCAGCAAUUCGCCAAAGUGUGUUUGACUUGGCUAGGGAUCAUUUCAAAAAUGGAAUCUUCCAGCGAAUCUUGGCCCUGCUGGGUGUGUGCUUCAAAUGCAUCAUGAAGAAACUGAAGGGUGGAGAUUCUGAGGAGCAGGUAGAUGCUGCCCUUGAGGCUGUUGAUAUCUUGGACCCAUCUACCGGCAACCAACUGGCGUCUUCUCACUUGGGUCAAAAUACAGGGAUUGGCCAAAGUGGAACCAGUGGUGGAGGGGCAUCGGGCACGGGAGGAGCUGGUGCCUCAACUAGUGCCAGUGUGGGAACUGCGUCUGGUGCAGGAGCAGCCCAGGCAACUGCAGUAGUCAGCCAAAUGGCAACUCAGGCUGCAGUCAGUGCUGCUGGAGCCUCUGCCUCAGCAGCUUCCGCGGCAGUUGCAGCGACUGCCAGUAUCACAACAACAAUUGCCAGUGCUAUUGCCUCUGCUAGUGUUGCAUCCCAAAUUGGGGUGACAGUUGGUGUCGCGGCUGUGGCAGCUGCUGCAGUGAGCAGUGGUGUGGUCAUAACCCAAGAAGCCCGCUCAAAUUCUACUGCUCCUGUGGUGAAAGGCUCAGAUUUUGUACCACCAUCCUGUUCGCUCACCUCCCAGAUUAAGCAAGGUCUUGUGGAAUUGAAAAUUCAAGGCAUGCCAGAGGAUUCAUUGCCGCAGCACAGAGAGAGCAUAGAAGAGAUAUUUCGAGACCUCUACAACAAUAUCACUGGAAUGUGCUUGGAUCCCUUCUCGCGGGUAUUACACAAGGCUGAACUUCAAAAUUGGAGUCUUGGUGACGCUAAAACAAGUAGCAGCAACAUCAACAGCAAUAGCACAACCAUCAAACCAGCCAAUGUUUUAAGUGCUAUGAGUGGCAGAAACACCAGUAUGGCUCCCAGCCUGUCCAGGCGCUUGCAGCUACAGACAACAAUUGAAGUAUCCCAGUUCUUUCCGUUGUUUGCUGCCUCUUUUGGUUACAAUAUUGAACCAGUGCUGACACCAUCAGGAGCUUCGCAAUCGGAUAGGAGAAAUUCCAUGCAGGUUGUUUUUGCCACCACCAAGACAGUCUCCCCUUCAGAAAAUUCUGUAGAGCAGGCCGAGGUCAUUGUCCUUUCCAUAGGGCAAGAUACAAUUCAGCCAUUCAUUGAAACAGUUGAAAUGAACCAAGGGACCAUUAUGACUCCUUUCAUAUCCAAUGAGCUGUCAUCGCUCUCUCAAUGUCUCUCAGAUGAGGUGGACCAAGAAGUUCACAAGGGAAUGGCAAAAGUUUGUGAUGACCUGAUGCAGCUCAUCACAGGUGAGAACAACGAAGACAGAGCACCCAUAAAUCCGGAUGCCUUGGCUGCAUGCCUGGAGACCCCAACCGACCCAUCUUGCCAAGACAUUCUGACCACUGCUCUAGAAACUGUUGCUAACAACAAAGUGGAUUCUAUGGGUGAAGCUUCACUCUCUGGGGAAGUCGAUGAAUCCGACAUUUCUGGAAGCUUAGGUGAAGAACCAACUGGAAACAUCCCCUCAUCCAUCACAGAGAAUCUGGAAGAAGAAGUGCCCAACAAGAUGCCAAUUGUAGCUGGAACUUCUGAUGGAGGAGCAAGUCCAGUUGCGGCAGGUAUGCAUCCUGUUGUAGGAAUACUACCCUCGUCACAGGAAAUAUCAAGCCAGACAGGACCUGUUGGAUCACCUGGCAGCCAGGAGUCUCAUUCUCCAAACUCAAGUGUUCCAACAACUGCAGGCGGCCAAUUGGAGUAUCCUACUGCAGUUUUGGAUAUGGCUUCGAGCCCCUCUGGUUCAAGCCCCGUGGAAGAUAUCCAUCCUACAGACCCAGCCAGUGUGCCACAAGCAAACCCAUCUACAAACCCGAGCGCUUUUCCUUUACCAAGCGCAUCUUUCCGGCCAACAGCGGUCCAACCAAGCACAGCUCCUUUGCCGGUCGAUGACCCAACAGUUUUAUACCCAUCAAUACCCAGUGCUGUUGUUCCCACCACAAGUCAAGCCUACAAACCUAGCUCCAUCCAGGCACACCCAGAAAUGAACCCAUCAUCAGUGGCGCCAAAUGCGCCCCCCACUAUGUUGGACUCACAGAUAAUUGCCAGUCCAUCAGCUGUGCCACUUCCUGCUACAUUAACUCCGAGCAAAGGUGGGACUCUGACACCAAGUACAGGGAGAACUCUGACACCAAGCACUGCGAUAGGACUUCUGGCUUUUUCAAAUAGAGAAGAAAGCUUCUCAACAGUGCUCCUUCCCCAAAAUACCCCAGGUCCAGUUGCCACAGUCAGUUUGUCACCUGCUUCGGUGAUUGGACUCAAUUCCUUUUCCAACAAUAACAAGAAGAGCAAGGCACCACCAGCACCAUCAGCAUCUUCUGCUCAGCGUGGAGAUGCCAAUCAAUAUCCAACAACACAACCGAUUAUUGUUCCAACAAAACUUCCCACACCACCACAAUCAUUACAAGGCACCGAGACACCCUCAUCAAUGCCAACAAGCAAAGCAACAAUGGGGCCCUCUACAUUGCUCACACAACAAGCAACAUUCCAAGCAACAGCCCUGCCUACACUCCAGCCAACAGAGGAGCCAACACGUGAACCAACAACACAACCAAACCUCCAGCCAACAGAAGAACCAACCACACAGCCAACAGAAGAGCCAACGCUUCAACCAACAACAGAGCCAACGCUUCAACCAACACUCAAUCCAACGGAAGAGCAAUCUCCCUUUCCAACAGUUUCAUCCGGAAGACCCAGUGGCAGUCCCACGAGUUCUCCUACCAAUGGACCAAAAAUGGGACCUUCACUGCCACCAAUCCCCAAUCCUACUCCUAUGCCAGAAGCUCCUUCUGGUCAGCUCACUGCUAGCCCCACUGAUGCACCCACUGGAACACCAUCCAUUGUUCCAUCGCUGGCUCCAAGUAUCACUUGCAAUGAUAUAUCUAUUACAAAUGAAAGGAACUAUUAUGUUUACUUUGCUGGUGAUGUUACAACAAUUUCUGAUCAAGAGCUUGCAAUAGCAUUCUCCUCUGGCUACAAUUCUCUUUCAAAGAAUUCAUGUGCAGAAGACCUCGAUCUCGUUGUCCCAGCCAGGCGUUUCACAAGAAGAAGGCUCCAGCAAUCAUCAUCAGCUGUGAUUGAAUUCUUUGUUCGAACUAGGCAGCUAUCCAUUGGGAGUCUAUUUCCCACAUCAGAUGAUUCCACAGCUUUCAUGGGGGGUUUCAACAGUGGUAUGCAAGGGAAUGCAGCUGUAGCAAUUAGAGUGAGUGACACUCUUGAAACAGGAACUCCCACAAGGUCUCCAAUCACAUCACCAACUGUUUCCCCCGCUGGAUCCACCACUAAGCCAACCACAACAUCACUAACAGAUCUACCUACCAGAAUGCCUACUUCUCUACCAACCAUUACUCCCGAUGCAUUGAGUGUCAGUCCCACUCAGCCCCCCACAACAGCACCGGCAGUCCCACCCUUAAAGGCGCCUACAGGCACACCCUCCCCCAUCCCAACUGUUACUCCCGGACCCCCAACCACAGCUCCUUCCAUUGUGCCUAUGUAUACUGUAUCUCCUACCAAAGCUCCCACCAAUUCGCCCAACCAAGCCCCAACCUUGGCUCCAGUAAUUGUGCCUACCGAUACUGUUGGUCCUACCAAAGCUCCGACAAAACCGCCCAGCCAAGCCCCAACGGUGGCUUCUGGAACAGUGCCAGCUGUAGCUCCAACCAACGAGCCUAGCAAGGGGCCUACCAAAGCUCCUACAAGGGCACCAACUCAUUCCCCCAGUACAAAAACAGGUUUAAUACCAAGUGCAGCGCCCACCUCCAAUCCAAGAUUUACCAAGCAAGUCGCCAACUCAGUCAACAAGUAUUGA